GCUCUGAGAGCGAAGGGGAAGUUUCAACAUGCCGAUCGCACAGUUGCUGGAGCUAUGGAAGAAGAUCGAGGUGGAGCCCAUGGAGACGGAGGCCGCCGAGGAGGAGGAUGUCAGCCUGGACACGGAGCCUCCCACGGAAGACACGGCGGAAGAAAGCAAAGGCCACGCUGCCCCGCCGGAGACCCAGCCCGCCGCGCCCGUGGAGGAGGAAGGCAUCGUGAAGGAGAUCGACAUCAGCCACCAUGUGAAGGAAGGGUUCGAGAAGGCGGACCCGUCCCAGUUCGAGCUGCUGAAAGUCUUAGGACAAGGCUCCUACGGGAAGGUGUUCCUGGUGAGGAAGACCCGGGGCUCUGAUGCCGGGCAGCUCUACGCCAUGAAGGUCCUCAAGAAAGCCACCCUGAAAGUUCGGGACCGAGUGAGGUCGAAGAUGGAGAGGGACAUCCUGGCGGAAGUGAGCCACCCGUUCAUCGUGAAGCUUCAUUAUGCCUUUCAGACAGAGGGGAAGCUCUACCUGAUCCUGGAUUUCCUGCGGGGAGGGGACCUCUUCACCAGGCUCUCCAAAGAGGUCAUGUUCACCGAGGAGGACGUCAAGUUCUACCUGGCCGAGCUGGCCUUGGCGCUGGACCACCUCCACGGCCUGGGCGUCAUCUACAGGGACCUGAAACCCGAGAACAUCCUCCUGGACGAAGAGGGACACAUCAAGAUCACAGAUUUCGGCCUGAGCAAGGAAGCCAUCGACCACGACAAGAGAGCCUACUCAUUCUGUGGCACCAUUGAGUACAUGGCGCCCGAGGUGGUGAACCGGCGCGGACACACGCAGAGCGCCGACUGGUGGUCCUUCGGCGUGCUCAUGUUCGAGAUGCUCACCGGGUCGCUGCCGUUCCAGGGGAAGGACCGGAAGGAGACCAUGGCCCUCAUCCUCAAAGCCAAGCUGGGGAUGCCCCAGUUCCUCAGCGUGGAGGCCCAGAGUCUGCUGAGAGCCCUCUUCAAGCGGAACCCCUGCAACCGGCUGGGUGCCGGCACUGACGGGGUGGAGGAGAUUAAGCGGCACCCCUUCUUCGUCACCAUAGACUGGAAUAAGCUGUACCGGAAGGAGAUCAAGCCACCCUUCAAGCCCGCAGUGGGACGGCCUGAGGACACCUUCCACUUCGACCCCGAGUUCACAGCACGGACCCCCACAGACUCCCCCGGCGUCCCCCCGAGUGCCAACGCACACCACCUGUUUAGGGGCUUCAGCUUCGUGGCCUCCAGCGUGGUCCAGGAGCCGCUGCAGCAGGAUGCACCCCGAGUCCCAGUGCACCCGAUCGUGCAGCAGCUCCAUGGGAACAAUGUCCACUUCACCGACGGCUACGAGGUCAAGGAGGACAUCGGGGUGGGCUCCUACUCAGUGUGUAAGCGAUGCGUGCAUAAAGCCACUGACGCAGAGUACGCCGUGAAGAUCAUCGAUAAGAGCAAGAGGGACCCCUCGGAGGAGAUCGAGAUCCUCCUGCGGUACGGGCAGCACCCCAACAUCAUCACCCUCAAGGACGUCUAUGACGACGGCAAGUACGUGUACCUGGUCACGGAGCUGAUGCGUGGCGGGGAGCUGCUGGACCGCAUCCUCCGGCAGCGGUGCUUCUCGGAGCGCGAGGCCAGCGACGUGCUGUGCACCAUCACCAAGACCAUGGACUACCUGCACUCCCAGGGGGUGGUCCACCGGGACCUGAAGCCCAGCAACAUCCUGUACGUGGACGAGUCUGGCGACCCCGCGUCCAUCCGGAUCUGCGACUUCGGUUUUGCCAAGCAGCUGCGUGCCGAGAAUGGGCUGCUGAUGACGCCCUGCUACACCGCCAACUUCGUGGCCCCCGAGGUCCUGAAGCGCCAGGGCUAUGACGCGGCGUGUGACGUCUGGAGCUUGGGGAUCCUGCUGUACACCAUGCUGGCAGGAUUCACGCCUUUUGCCAACGGCCCCGACGACAGCCCGGAGGAGAUCUUGGCGAGGAUCGGCAGUGGAGAGUACGCCCUCUCCGGGGGCAACUGGGACUCCAUCUCAGACGCGGCAAAGGACAUCGUGUCCAAGAUGCUGCACAUGGACCCGCACCAGCGCCUGACGGCCGUCCAAGUGCUCAAACACCCGUGGGUCGUCAACAGAGAGUACCUGUCACAGACCCAGCUCAGCAGACAAGACGUCCACCUCGUGAAGGGAGCCAUGGCCGCCACCUACUUCGCUCUGAACAGAACACCUCAGGCCCCACGGCUGGAGCCCGUGCUGUCGUCCAGCCUGGCCCAGCGCAGAGGCAUGAAGAGACUGACGUCCACGCGGUUGUAGCAGCCUGCAGGACAAGCCCGGGCAGUCCUGCGCCCCCUGGUUCCGGUGGGAGGGCGGGCCUGUGCCGCCGCCCGUGUUCCCCUCACCCUGGGGGGCUCUCGAAGCCUCGCUGUGCCAACCUCAUCCUGCGCCCUUCUCUCCCCAGCAAAACCAAAAGAGUCCACUCGCCUCACACCACCUUGCCGAAGCCUGCGGGCUCACUGAGUCUGCAUUCUGUCGUGUCACGCUGGCGUUUAUACACAGAGUUCUCCGACUGCGUUUAUACGGACAGGGAGUUCUCCGACUGUGGUCAGACGCCCUACACGGGCGUCCAGGCAUCAUGGUGAGAAGGACACGGGGUCAGAAAUGCCCCCAUUCAUCACGGGCCAGAGCACCUCCUCCAGGAGGGCCCAGGGCUGCAGGGCGUCCUGGCGUCCCACCAGCUGCUGACCAGCAGGCACUGUGGUGUCCGGAGUCCAGAAUAACCCAAAGAGCCACCCCCUCAUCACCUGCUGGGUUGAGUGAGGUGCUGGGGGUCUCCCUUCCCCUGUCUCAGGCAGAAUGAGGUAACGAGCCUCCAGGAGUUGGGGCAGCUGCACCUUUGCCUCGAUAGCCCCAUGUCAGGGGAAUGGUGAGGAGCCUUGGGAAGGGGUAGACGAGGCUGCGGCCCCUGUCCUGUCUCCCCUGGGGGACCGGGUGCUGAGCAGCACGCUGGCCCUGCCACGGCAGCCGUGUGGUCCCAGAGGCUGUGCAGAGCUGUGGGCUCCGCCGACCAGGCUGCGCUCACCCUGCAGGGUCUGCUGAGCUGUGACCUCGCUGUGCUCUGGUCCAUGGGAAGACUGUGACUGUGGGGAGUUCGAGUCCUGCUGGCUCCAGCAGCCCUUCCUGGGUCCGGCCGGGGCGCGGGAGUGGCAGCACCACCCUGGUGGCCGAGUGUGUUGUAGAAGCUGUGGUCUGCUCCGUGCGUGUGCCUGUCUCAGCCGUCUCUGUGGUGUUUAGCGUGUCCCAGUGUGUUGUGCACCCGGGGUGCGCGUGCGACAGAGCCCCUGCCCUGCCGUCCUUCAUUGAGUGAAACUGCAAGAAGGUUCUGGAGUGGCAGCCUCGGCUCGCUGCCGGCUGCACAGUGACACCGUGCUUCUCAGUGUCCCUUAAGGGUGCCGAGAAGGCCGCCCACCAGCCCCCGGCCAGCACACACCUGGCCAGAAGGGGCAGGAGAACGACCUUAGGCUUCGCUGAGAACAGCCCCCGUCGGCAGCUGGGGUUGGAGACGCCUGCUGGCCGCACCCCGGUCUUCUCUAAGACGACAUUUGUUUCUUUUCCCUCCAUCACCAGUCACUCAGUACCCAACUCAAAAAAAAAAAAAAAAAAAAAAA